CUUCGUCUCGCGUUCAUUUCCCAUUCCUCGCUCAUUCUCCGAUCUUCUUCCCCCACUCCGGUCCACCCAUUCCGGUUCGCACCGCCAAAAAACCGAACCGGCAGAUCUCGGUGCUCUCAUGGAGGCUCACGGCGGCGGUCUCCGCCGCGUCCUGGUGCUCGCCUUCUGCGUCGCCGGAAUUUGGUCGGCGUACAUCUACCAAGGCGUUCUUCAGGAAACCCUGUCGACGAAGCGAUUCGGUCCAGACGGUGAGAGAUUCGAGCACCUUGCGUUUCUGAACUUGGCGCAGAACGUGGUGUGCUUAAUCUGGUCAUAUAUAAUGUUAAAAAUGUGGUCUAAUGGAAAUUCUGGUGGUGCUCCUUGGUGGUCUUACUGGAGUGCUGGUAUUACCAACACCAUUGGUCCUGCUAUGGGAAUUGAAGCAUUGAAGUAUAUUAGCUACCCUGCUCAAGUGCUGGCUAAGUCAUCGAAAAUGAUUCCAGUUAUGUUGAUGGGUACCUUAGUAUAUGGUAUAAGAUACACUUUGCCAGAAUACCUUUGCACUUUCCUUGUUGCUGGAGGGGUAUCAACAUUUGCCCUUCUUAAGACUAGCUCUAAGACUAUGAGCAAGCUGGCACGUCCCAAUGCUCCCCUUGGAUAUGGGCUAUGUUUCUUGAACCUUGCUUUUGAUGGGUUUACUAAUGCAACUCAGGAUUCCUUGAAAGCAAGGUACCCAAAAACAAGUGCUUGGGAUAUAAUGUUGGGCAUGAAUUUAUGGGGAACCGUAUACAAUAUGAUUUACAUGUUUGGAUGGCCCAGUGGCAGUGGAUAUGAGGCAGUUCGCUUUUGCCAACAGCAUCCAGAGGCAGCAUGGGAUAUCUUUCUGUAUUGCUGCUGUGGUGCAGUAGGCCAGAAUUUCAUCUUCUUGACUAUUAGCCGGUUUGGCUCUUUAGCUAAUACUACCAUCACUACCACUCGCAAAUUUGUUAGCAUUGUCGUGUCAUCACUAUUGAGCGGGAAUCCCCUCUCAACAAAGCAAUGGGUGUGUGUUUCUAUGGUAUUCUCUGGAUUGUCAUACCAGAUCUACCUCAAGUGGCAGAAGUUGCAGAGAUUGCAGAAGAAGAGAAAAGCCAUGUAGCAAUUUUGAAGUCAAACGUUGAUGCUAUUGUAGCUUAUUUUCCCUUCAACCGUCGUUAUACUACUGAAACCUCGAAGGUUCAAUGAACCCAAUUAAGGUUUACACAAAGGAAUAUUUGUAAUUGAAAUUGGAUAGAUACUUUUUUUAGAAGUAUUUUCCUAUUCAUUGUGCUAAGGAUUAGUUGCUGGUCUAAUGUAAUGAAACUAGUUUAGUUUAAUAGCAUGCUAAGGCAAAGCUAUACUCUAUGUAAACGUGAUAUUCCGUUAAGAAUAUUAUCUAAGCAGUGGAUUGAGCACUGAAGUAGCUUUACAAAA